AUGAAGACGAAGACUAGAGGCAAUGACAAGUUUGUCGCUCUAAAGCUCGAUAUCAGUAAAGCCUACGAUAGGAUGGAUUGGGAAUAUCUGAAGGAGGUGAUGAUCAAGAUGGGUUUCAAUCAGAAGUGGUUUCAGUGGAUGGUUAUGUGUAUUGAAUCUGUUGACUAUAGUGUUCUUGUUAAUGGUGAACAUGUUGGACCAGUAAUACCGGAGCAUGGUCUCAGACAAGGGGGUCCGCUUUCCCCAUAUCUUUUCAUAAUUUGUGCAGAAGGUCUUUCAUCUUUAAUUCGACAAGCUGAGGAGAGUGAAACCAUUUCUGGAACUAGCAUUUGUCGAGGGGCACCCCUAGUUUCUCAUCUUCUGUUUGUAGACGACUGCUUUCUCCUUUUUAAGGCGGAAGAAAAUCAGGCUCAAGUUAUGAAGAACAUUCUUAAUGUGUAUGAGGUUGCGUCUGGUCAAGCAAUUAGUUUGCCGAAGUCAGAAAUUUUCUAUAGUAGGAAUGUGUCCGAUGAGUUAAAGAAGAACAUCACCACCAUUUUAGCAGUCAGAGUUGUCUUGGGCACUGGUAAGUAUUUAGGAAUGCCGUCUAUGAUUGGAAGAGAUAGGACAUCCACAUUUGCUUAUAUUAAGGACCGUGUGUGGCAUCACAUUAAUUCUUGGAGUAGUAAGUGCCUAUCUAAGGCAGGACGUGAAGUUACGAUCAAGUCGGUUCUCCAAGCCAUUCCUUCCUAUGUUAUGAGUCUUUUUCAACUAUCGUCCACGUUUAUUACCUCUAUCGACAGAAUGAUUAAUUCAUUUUGGUGGGGUCAUGGCAGAACCACUCAUAGAGCUCGGUACUUCCCUUCUAAAUCCUAUCUUGACGCCACCGUUGGUCAUAAUCCAAGUUUUGUUUGGCGUAGUAUCUUAAGCGCUCCUUUCAUCGUGCGAGGCGGGGCUAGGUGGACUAUUGGUUCUGGUGUGGAUAUACCUAUUCUUUAUGCUCCUUGGCUCUCUCACGGUGAGUGUAUUGAUGGAAACAUUACCAGAAGUCAUUAUGUCCGUGAUAUUAAGGUUCAAAGCCUUAUGUCUGUCCAUCGCAAAAGCUGGAAUUUUCCUCUGAUACGGAAGGUUUUCAGCGAUGAUGUGGCUGAUCGUAUUUUGAAUACGCCACUUUUCGAACAAGUUCAGCACGAUCAUUUGAUUUGGAAGGCGGAGAAGAAUGGUUGUUACUCGGUGAAGAGUGCGUAUAGAUUAUGUGUUGAAGAGUUGAUCGACGUUUCUCAUCUUCAUCGUCCGGGCAAUUGGAAGGAUAUUUGGCGGCUUAAGGUUCCACCAAAAAUUAAGCAUUUGUUAUGGUGUAUGUGUAGGGGUUGUUUACCUACCCGUGUCCGUUUGCAAGACAAAGCUAUGCAAACUGAUUAUGCCGUUGAGGCCAUUUUUUAUUUGCUUCGCAACUUGUAUGUGCAACUUAAUCAACGUUUUGCUACUUUAUGUUGGAGUUUGUGGAAGCAUAGAACCCUUAAAAUUUGGGAGGACGUCACUGAGAUUAGUGUUGUUGUUGUUGACAGAGCUCGAGGGUUAAUUGUCGACUGGCAGGAGGCUAAUGCACCGCAGCUGAACGCGCAAUCUGCUACAGUUCAGCCGCAAUGGCAGCUACCAAGCAUUGGGAGGUUUAAGUGCAACGUGGUCACGGCCUUUUCGGAGCAAUUUCAAAGGACAGGUAUUGGGAUUUGUUUACGGGAUGAUUCCGGAACUUUUGUGUUAGCCAAAGUGAUGCAUUUUGAUUAUCUUUACCCCGCGGAUGUUGGAGAAGCGUUGGGACUGUUUCAUGCUAUUCAAUGGAUGCAAGAUAUGCAAUUUAAUAAUGUUGAGUUUGAACUUGAUUCGAAAGUGACUAAGGAUGCUUUCCAUUCACACCAUUCAGACAACACAGAAUUUGGAAGCAUUAUGAAGGCUUGCAUGGAGAUGUUCUAUGUACAUUUUACAAACUCCAGGGUGGAGUUCGCUAGGCGACAAGCGAAUGUGGCGGCUCAUGUGUUGGCACGAGAAGCCAUUUCCUUAGCUAGUCCCACUAUUUAUUAUGUUAUCCCAAGUUGUAUUGAAUCCAUUAUUAUUAAUGAAAUGCUAUAG